CGGAGGUGGGCGAGAAGCAGAUGUGGUUGGGUCCGGACAUCGUCAUCGACGGCGCGGACGCGGCCGUGCUCAAGGACGGCGAGGUCGCGACCUUUAUCAACUGGGGAAACCUGCGCAUCAAGGCUGUGAAGAGAAAUGAAGAUGGGAAGGCAGAGGCCAUUGAUGCUGAAUUGAAUUUGGAAAAUACAGAUUACAAGAAAACGACAAAGAUCACGUGGCUAGCAGAGCUGCCAGAAGCUCCGCUUGUGCCCACCAUCUGUGUCAACUUUGAUUCUCUGAUUUCCAAACCAAUUUUGGGCAAAGAUGAAGACUUCAAGCAAUACGUCAGUAGGGACUCUAGGCACGAGACGCCGAUGUUGGGCGAUCCUGAGUUGGCGAAUCUGAAGAAGGGUGACGUCAUUCAGCUGCAGCGCAAAGGUUACUACAUCUGCGACGAGCCGUAUCAGCGCCUCAGUCCGUACACGGGACGAUCUAGUCCUUGUGUGUUGCUGUACAUCCCUGAUGGCAAGGACUCACCCCAGCCCACGGCAACGAAGGGCAAGGCCGGUGCAGACGCCAAAGCGGUGAAAAACGCACAAAAGGGUGCCAGGCGAGACGAGACCUCGAAAAAGGAAGCACAGCAGUCGACAGCCGUGAGCGGCAGCAGUGGCAACCCUGCAGAGCUGCACAGCCGAGUGCUCGCCCAGGCCAACAAGAUCAGAUCCCUUAAAGCGGAGAAAGCUGGCAAGGACAUUUUAGACCCAGAAAUAAAGCUGCUGCUAGCACUGAAGACAGACUACAAAGCAGUCGUUGGUCAGGACUGGACGGCAGAUAUACCACCGGCAGUAGCACCAGCAGUAGCUCCAGCAGUAGCUCCAGCCGUUGUCUCUUCCUCGGGCGUAGAACAACUGGAUGCUCAAAUCAAAGCACAUGGCGACACUGUGCGGAAACUAAAGUCAGAGAAAGCGGGAAAGGAGACAAUAACAGCUGCUGUGAAGGCACUGUUAGAUCUGAAGGCUCAAUACAAGGCAGCAGCCGGCAAGGACUGGAAAGCUGAUGCUACACCACCAGCCCCAGCAGCAGCAGCAGCGGCAGCGCUCCCUAGCGGUAAUGUGGAUGAUCUGAACUGCAAGAUCAAGGCACAGGGUGACAAAGUCAGACAGUUAAAAUCAGAGAAGGCAUCAAAGGAGGCAAUAGCAGCUGCCGUGAAGGAACUGUUAGAUCUAAAAUCUCGAUACAAGGCUGCAGCUGGCAAGGACUGGAAAGCUGACGCUACACCACCAGCGGCAGCGGCAGUGACGGUGGUAGCGCCCCCUAGCGGUAACGUGGACGAUCUGAACGGCAAGAUCAAGGCACAGGGUGACGCGGUCAGGAAGGCUAAAACAGAGAAGGCUUCGAAGGGGACCAUAGAUGCUGAAGUGAAGGUGUUGUUGUCGCUGAAGGCGGAGUAUAAAGCUGCGACCGGGCAAGAUUGGAAAGCCCCGGCUGAAAGCAAACCUUCUGAAAACAAGGCGAACCAAAAGCAGAAGCAAAAUCCACAAGUAACAGACGAAAAGAUGCCUGCUGAUCAGCCGUCAGUGGUGUCCCCAGCCGAACAGGAGCUUCAAGGGAAGAUUGACCAGCAAGGGGACAGGGUCAGGCAGCUGAAAACCGGUGGUGCAGCAAAGGAUGAGGUGGGUAAGGAGGUGAAGGUGCUGCUGGCUCUCAAAGCCCAGUAUAAAGAGCUGACGGGGCACGACCUCGGAGGUGGUGGUGGCAAAAGGGACAAGAAGGCUCAAAAGCAGGAUCAGCAGAAGCAGGAGAAGAAGCCUGCACAUGCAAAGAAGGAGCAGCAGCCUAAGGCAGAGGUCGACAGUAAGGCAGCCGACAUUAAGCACAAAACGCGUCUCGGCUUGGAGGCCCUGAAAGAGGAGAAUCUCAGUGAUUGGUAUUCACAGGUGAUCACCAAGGCUGAGAUGAUCGAGUAUUACGACGUCAGUGGCUGCUACGUGCUGCGGCCGUGGUCCUACUCCAUCUGGGAGCGCAUCAAGGACUACUUUGACUCCGAGAUCAAGAUGAUGGACGUCGAGAACGUCUACUUCCCGAUGUUCGUCUCGCAGGCGGCCCUGCAGAAGGAGAAGACGCACAUCGCCGACUUCGCGCCCGAGGUGGCGUGGGUGACAAGGUCCGGAGACACGGACCUAGCCGAGCCGAUAGCCAUACGUCCAACGAGCGAGACGGUAAUGUAUCCGGCGUACGCAAAGUGGAUCAAGUCUCAUCGAGACCUGCCUCUGAAGCUCAACCAGUGGAACAACGUUGUCAGGUGGGAGUUCAAGCACCCUCAGCCGUUCCUGAGAACGAGAGAGUUUCUCUGGCAGGAGGGACACACUGCCCAUGCCACGCUGAAGGAGGCCACCGAUGAGGUGCACACGAUUCUCGAUCGCUACGCGUACAUCUACGAGGAGCUACUCGCGAUUCCCGUCAUCCGCGGUCGCAAGACCGAGAAGGAGAAGUUUGCCGGCGCCGACUUCACGACGACAGUCGAGGCCUACGUCUCGGCCAACGGACGCGCGAUCCAGGGUGCGACAUCUCACCACCUGGGUCAGAACUUCUCGAAGAUGUUUGAGAUUGUCUAUGAGCAUCCGGACACGCAGGAGAAGGCCUACGUUUACCAGAACUCGUGGGGCAUCACGACGCGUACCAUCGGCGUCAUGUGCAUGGUGCACGGAGACAAUCAAGGACUCGUGCUGCCACCUAGGGUCGCCUGCAUACAGGUCGUCGUGAUUCCCUGCGGCAUCACGGUCACGCUGCCGGAGGCUGAGAAGGCCCCGGUCUGCUCGACAAGUGUGAGGAGUACGUGCGGCGGCUGCAGCGCAUGCCAGGCGGUGCGCGUCCGCGGCGACCUGCGCGACAACUACUCACCUGGAUGGAAGUUCAACCACUGGGAGCUGAAGGGGGUGCCACUGCGCCUCGAGGUUGGUCCGCGCGACGUGAAGCAGAGCCAGCUGGUGGCGGUGAGGCGAGACCGCGGGACGAAGGCGACGAUCGCCGAGGGAGACGUCGUGCAGUCGGUCAAGGACUUGCUUGAGACCGUACACAAGGACAUGUUCGACAAGGCGUCGCGGGAGCGCGAUGAGAAGCUUGCUGUCUGCCACGACUGGCAGCAGUUCUGCGAGCGGCUCGACAGCAAGUGCAUCAUCAUGGCGCCGUUCUGCGGCGGUGACGACUGCGAGGCGGCCAUCAAGUUAGACAGCGCCAGAGAUCAGGAUACUGAGGUGGGCGCUCCGUCGAUGGGUGCUAAGAGUCUGUGCAUCCCCUUCAAACAGCCGGGAGACAUAAAGGAGGGCAUGAAGUGCAUCAAUACAAAAUGUAGCAAGAAGCCCAUCUGCUACUGCCUGUUCGGACGAAGUUACUAGAUUUGGGAUGCUUCCAAUUCUUCUAAGGAAAUUUUUACAGAGGACCGAUUUGCCUUCGUUCACUGCUAGAUAUACAUUCGUGACUUGUAAUCAUACUCCUGCAGUCUCUCUCGUGAAUUUUUAAUGCCUGGCAGGGUUAAACAUUUAACACAUUACCACAUUUAAUGGGUAAACUAUUUGGUUAUAUUCUUGUAUGUUGAAUGAUGGUCCAACUAUACGGUACAAUUUUGACAACUCAUGCACAAUGUGUAUCUUGAUGAAUAAACUUGUUUUUGGUACUUGA